AUGGACGAGCGGGCGCUCGACGAGAUCCGCCGCUACGAGUCGUUCUCCACCGUCGACUGGAUCGCAGACUCGACACGCGAGCGGGCGCGCGUCGCCCGGCAGCACGCCUCGCCGGGGCCAGGCGCAUCGCCGCUCGACACGGGCUGGGGCGGGCGCGGCGGCGAGCGUCCGCCGCGCUGGUGGCCAAGCUCGGGCCCGUGGGGCCGCAUCGUGUGGGCCGUGUGGCUGCUCGUGCGCAAGGCGGCCAAGGGCGUCGAGGAGAGCGCCGUUGUGAUUGGCGUGGGCGCCCUCAUCGGCCUCAACAUGGCGGUCAUCUCCAUCGCCACCGAGUGGGCGUCCGACCUCAAGACGGGCUACUGCACCGCCGGCUGGUGGCUCAACCGCAAGUUCUGCUGCUGGGAGUUCAUGGAGGGCGGCGGCCCGGGCGGCACCAGCCCCAUCCCCAGCUCGCUCAAGCCGUCGGGCGGCGCGGGCAAUGCGACGAUGCUGGCGCGCGCCGGCGAGGCGCUCGAGUGGGGCAUGGCGCUCGUGCCGCGCGCCGAGGUGCAGCCGGGCUCCUCCAGCGAGGCGUGCUCGGACUGGCAGCCGUGGAGUAGCUGGACUGUGGUCAGCUGGGUGAUCUACGUCGUCUUCGCGGCCAUCUUCGCGGCGCUGUGCUCGCACCUCGUGCGCUCCUUUGCGCCCUACGCCGCGGGCUCGGGCAUCUCCGAGAUCAAGUGCAUUCUCGCUGGCUUCAUCAUCAACGGCUUCCUGGGCACGUGGACGUUUGCGGUGAAGAGUCUCACUCUCCCGCUGGCCAUUGCGUCAGGCCUGAGUGUCGGCAAGGAAGGGCCGGCGGUGCACGUUGCGUGCUGCAUCGGCAACGUCGUUGCCAGCUUCGUCAAGAGCUUCGACCGUAGCCAGGCACGCAUGCGCGAACUCCUCACCGCUGCCAGUGCCGCCGGCGUCGCCGUGGCAUUCGGCUCGCCCAUCGGCGGCGUGCUCUUCUCGCUCGAGGAAAUGGCGUACAACUUUCCAGCCUCGACGAUGUGGCGCUCGUUCCUCUGCGCCCUUGCGUCCACAGUGACGCUUUCGUUCAUGAACCCCUUCCGGACGGGCAAGCUUGUGCUCUUUCAGGUGUCGUACGACCGCGACUGGCACUACUUCGAGAUGUUCUUCUACAGCAUCAUCGGCGUGUUCGGCGGCCUGUACGGUGCCUUCAUCAUCAAGUACAACCUGCAGGUGCAGCGCUUCCGCCGCGACAACCUCGCCGCGCACGGCGUCGCCGAGGCCAUCGUGCUGGCGACGCUGACGGCGUUCGUGGGCUACUGGAACAAGUUUCUGCGCAUCGACAUGUCCGAGUCGCUCGAGAUCCUCUUCCACGAGUGCGAGGGCGGCGGCGACUACGACUCGCUGUGCCAGUCGUCGGCGCAGUGGCGCAUGGUCAACUCGCUGCUCAUCGCCACGGUGCUGCGCGCGGCGCUCGUCGUGCUGUCGUACGGCUGCAAGGUGCCGGCGGGCAUCUUUGUGCCGUCCAUGGCCAUCGGCGCCACGUUUGGACGCAUGGUCGGCAUCCUCGUCAAGGCGCUGUACACGGCGUUCCCGCACGCGAGCAUCUUCAGCGCAUGCCAGCCCGACGUGCCGUGCAUCACGCCCGGCACGUACGCCUUCCUUGGCGCCGCCGCUGCGCUGGCUGGCGUGACGCGCAUCACCGUCGCCGUCGUCGUCAUCAUGUUCGAGCUUACCGGCGCGCUGACGUACAUCCUGCCGACGAUGUUUGUCGUGAUGAUCACCAAGGGCGUCGGCGACCUGUACGGCAAGGGCGGCAUCUCCGACCAGACGAUCCGCUUCCAGGGCUACCCGUUCCUUGACAAGGACGAGCACGUCUUUGGCCUGCCGGUGGCCGACAUCAUGACGCGCGGGCCUGCCGUGCUCUAUGGCGCCGGCAUGCCGCUGGCCGAGGUCGAGCAGCGCCUCGCCAGCGGGCCGUACAAGGGCCUGCCCGUGGUGCGCAGCGCCGAGGAUCCGACGCUUCUCGGCUACGCCGGCAAGACGGAGAUGCGCUAUGCCAUUGCCAAGGCACGGCGUGCUCGCUCGACGCUGGCGCCCACGACGUUGUGCUGCUUCACCUCGGAAGCAGACAACGACGAGGCCAGUGGGCUCGGCGUGCACCCGCUCGCCCAGCACCCGCCGACGCCCAUCGUCUCCACGUUUGAGACGAUGGAGCCGAACAACGGCAAGGAUGACGAGCACCAGGGCCUCAUGGGCGGUCAGGACAGCGAUGACGAGCACGAUUCGCUGGGCGAGGCCGGCGGAGGUAUCGACGGCGAGGGCGAUGACGACGUGCUGGAGCUCGGCGGCUGGAUGGAGCAGACGCCAUUAUGCGUGCAGCCAUCGAUGCCGCUCGAGGUCGUGAUGGACCUGUUCAAGAAGAUGGGGCCGCGAGUGAUCAUCGUCACACGGCUGGGCCGCGUCGUCGGGCUCGUCACGGUCAAGGACGUGCUCAAGCACCACGCCGCGACCGAGCAUGCAGCCGCUGUCGCUGCCUCUGCAGCGCGCGACGUGCGCAGCGGGCCCGGCCUGCCCUCGGCUGCAGCGGUGCCGCAGGACGGCUUCGGCGGCGACCUCGAGCUGGCGCUCUCGGAUCUCUACACCUGGUUCCUCACGUACGCACGCACGCUCGCGCCGAUCGCGGCCAAGGUGCGCGGCUGGUUCCCGGCCAACGGCGCGGGGCGCAGCGCUGCACGGCCACAGGCGCCGCCAGGCUACUCGCGGCCGUCGCGGCAGGCCGAGGCGGCCGACGAGGACGAGCAGCGGGAGCAGUUUGUGCUGGCCGGCGAGGGCGAUGAGUAG